UCACUGCACCUUUAAUGCGUUCCUCGUGAGUCUGCUGACUCUGUCAUGUGCCGGUCAAACCUGCAGCCUCAGCGCAGCGUCAACAACACUGAGGAAGUAACGACAGGCUAACUUAGCUAACACAGAUAACUAGCCUCCACAGAGGAUUCAGGGUGUUUUAUUAGUGAGUUAUUAACCAGAGGCUGUAGUUUUAUUCUUCGAUACAGUAUCCAACCCGCCAUGUUUAAUAUUCAGUGUCCAUGGAGUGAGAGGGAAACAUGUUUAGGAGAGGUAGCUGUUGCUUGCUAACUCCUCAGCUAGCAGGCUAACGAUCAGCUGUUGUUUGGUUGGAGAGACAGCUAGCUAACAAGCAGAAGAACAAAGCGUUAGAGGAAUCUUUAUCAGAUAUUCCUCCACUUAAAGGAGACCCAGUGAAAGGCUCGGACGGUUAAUGGAGACACAGAGAGGUGCACCGCCCUGACACACUCAUCAGCGGUCAGUCGGUCAGCUGGUGUCCGAGCAGUCGUCUCCUCGGGGGGGAUCCAUCCAUCAGAGCUGUCCCUGAUUUAACCAGCUUCAAGAUGCAUGACGCGUAUGAACCAGUGCCUAUCCUGGAGAAGCUUCCUCUGCAGAUCGACUGUCUUGCGGCCUGGGAGGACUGGCUGCUCGUGGGAACAAAGCCAGGACAUCUCCUCCUCUACAGAAUAAAGAAGGAUGCAGGCAGUAACCGGUUUGAGGUGACGCUGGAAAAAUCCAAUAAGAACUUCUCAAAGAAGAUCCAGCAGCUCUAUGUCGUCUCACAAUACAAAAUUCUUGUCAGCCUUCUGGAGAACAACAUCCACGUCCACGACCUCCUGACCUUCCAGCAGAUCACUGUCCUGUCCAAAGCUAAAGGAGCCACGCUCUUCGCCUGUGACCUGCAGCAAACCAGCUCAGGAGAGGAAAAGCUGAGAAUGUGUGUCGCCGUGAAAAAGAAACUCCAGCUGUAUUUCUGGAAGGAUAGAGAGUUCCACGAGCUGCAGGGGGACUUCAGCGCUCCAGAUAUUCCAAAGUCCAUGGCUUGGUGUGAAAACUCCAUAUGUGUCGGUUUCAAACGAGACUAUUACCUCAUUCGGAUGGACGGUCGUGGCACCAUCAAGGAACUCUUCCCCACCGGCAAACAGCUGGAGCCUCUAGUCGCCCCGCUGGCUGACGGGAAGGUGGCUGUGGGUCAGGAUGAUCUUACCGUAGUGCUCAAUGAGGAGGGCGUGUGCACCCAGAAGUGCGCCCUGAACUGGACCGACAUCCCCAUCGCAAUGGAGCACCAGCCUCCAUACAUCAUAGCUGUUCUUCCUCGGUACGUGGAGAUCCGGACCGUUGAGCCUCGGCUGCUGGUGCAGAGCGUGGAGCUGCAGAGACCGCGCUUCAUCACCUCGGCAGGGCCAAAUAUCGUGUACGUUGCCAGCAACCAUUUCGUGUGGCGCCUGGUGCCCGUGUCUAUAGCCAGCCAGAUCCGGCAGCUCCUUCAGGACAAGCAGUUUGAGCUGGCUCUUCAGCUGGCGAAGAUGAAGGAUGAUUCAGACGGGGAUAAGAAGCAGCAGAUACAUCACAUCCAGAAUCUCUACGCCUUCAAUCUGUUCUGCCAGAAGAGGUUUGAUGACUCCAUGCAGGUGUUUGCCAAACUGGGCACAGAUCCCACCCACGUGAUCGGCCUGUACCCGGACCUGCUCCCUUCAGACUACCGCAAACAGCUUCACUACCCAAACCCUCUGCCCACUCUGUCCGGGGCCGAGCUGGAGAAGGCUCACCUGGCUCUCAUCGAUUACCUCACCCAGAAACGCAGCCACCUUGUGAAGCAGCUGAACGAUUCUGAUCCUUCUACGACGUCUCCGCUCAUGGAGGGCACGCCCACCAUCAAGAGCCGCAAAAAACUUCUGCAGAUCAUCGAUACCACGCUGCUGAAAUGUUACCUGCAUACCAACGUUGCCCUGGUGUCCCCCCUCCUCCGCCUGGAAAACAACCACUGCCACAUCGAGGAAAGCGAGUACGUCCUGAAGAAGGCACACAAGUACAGCGAGCUCAUUAUCCUCUAUGAGAAGAAGGGCCUGCACCAGAAAGCUCUGCAGGUCCUGCUGGAUCAGUCCACCAAGGCCAACUCUCCUCUGAAGGGCCACGAGCGGACGGUGCAGUACCUCCAAAGACUGGGAGUGGAGAAUCUGGGAAUAAUCUUUGAGUUUUCUCCCUGGGUGCUGAAGAUCUGUCCAGAGGAUGGCCUGAAGAUCUUCACAGAGGACCUGACGGAGGUGGAGACUCUGCCCAGAGAUAAGGCGCUGAACUUCCUGAAGGAGGGCUUCAAGGAGCUCGCCAUCCCGUAUUUGGAGCACAUCAUUUACAUUUGGGACGAUAAGGGGCCAGAGUUUCACAACGUGCUGAUCCAGCUCUACCUGGAGAGAGUUCAGGGCCUCAUGAAGCAGUACCUCAACUCACUGCCUGAAGGAGUUCCAGCCGUCGCUGCAGGAAAAGAGGAAGGUGAUCUGGGCGAGUACAGGAACAAGCUGCUGUCGUUUCUGGACAUUUCCACCAGCUAUGAACCGGCCAGACUCAUCAGUGACUUUCCCUUUGAUGGCCUGCUGGAGGAACGCGCUCUGCUCCUGGGCCGGAUGGGGAAACACGAGCAGGCGCUCUUCAUCUACGUUCACAUCCUGAAGGACACUCGCAUGGCUGAGGAAUACUGUCACCGACACUACAGCAGCUCCGUGGAGGCGGAUAAAGAUGUGUAUCUGUCUCUGCUGCGGAUGUACCUGUCACCGCCCGACGUCCACUGCCUGGGGCCCAUAAAGAUGGAGCUGUCCGAGCCUCAGGCCAACCUCCAGGCGGCGCUGCACGUCCUGGAGCUGCACCACAGCAAGCUCAACACCACCAAGGCCAUUAAUCUGCUCCCAGCGAACACUCAGAUCAGAGAGAUCCGAGUCUUCCUGGAGAGCGUGCUGGAGGAGAAGGCACAGAGGAAACGCUGCAACCAGGUGCUGAAGAGUCUGCUGCAGGCCGAGUUCCUCCGGGUGCAGGAGGAGCGAAUCUUCCACCAGCAGGUGAAGUGUGUGAUCACGGAGGAGAAGACCUGCAGAGUCUGCAAGAAGAAAAUAGGAAACAGUGCGUUUGCCAGAUAUCCAAACGGCGUGGUGGUUCAUUACUUCUGCUGCAAAGAUCGCACCGUGUGUCCCACCGAGCAGUAACCGCUCCACCUGACGAAGACUGUUUACUAACAAAGAACCCCGCCCCUCUCUCUGUGGAUUUCAACGCUCGGACUAGAGAAGCCUCGGACAGUUUGGAGAGCUGAACAGCGGACUGUAGAAUCGGAUGCUCGUCUCACAGAACUCGAGUACACUUGUUGUGCUGCUGAUGAGGACUUACUUCUGUUUUCCAAAGCUGCGACUCUUCCUCCUCUCUGUGCAUGAAGCGGCAGGAGGAACGUCCGGGGGUCCUGGCCUCGACAGGAGAAACAAAGAGAGAGAGAGAGGGAGGCAGAGUCUGACAUUUUGAAAAGCAUGUGUCACUGUAACGCUAGAAGGGAGUCUCUGCCCUGCACGUCGCCUCGAAGGAGAACGGGAGCUUUCACAGACACGUAAAGAAAGAGGAGUCGAAGGUUUUCUUUUUGAUUUUUUGCACUCUUCCACUCCUCCUCCUGUUUAACACUGUCAGCCUCAAACACUGCUUAACAUGCCAUAUAUACCCGCUCUGCAGGAGUGCUGUUAGAUGCCUUUAGUGACUCUGAAGAUUGUACUCACAGUGAGGUCAGAAGUCCGUCAUGAUUCUCUGUUAGCAUGUGCUGGUACUCACGUAGCUCAACAGCGUUUGUCUUAAUGUGUGUGUGUUUUAUUUAACAUGUGAGACGCCUUCUGCUCCCGACGCACACACACACACACACACACUUACUUCUUUUUCAUCACUUAGUGUCUUUGAGUGUGUGAAGGAUUCGACCACACGGCAUCCAUCCUGCAUCUUUAAGUGUCUUUGUUUUUCUCUCUUGUGUUCCUCUGUCAGUGAAAGUUUAUAGAGAAGCAGGAUUUAAUUAAAGCCACACUAUGUGACAUUUAAACAGCAGCCAAAGGCAGCGUAUUUAACUGGUACCUUAAUAAUCACAGCAACCUCAGCACUUCCUGUAACCUCAGGAUUGCUUUAAUUACCACAGGGGACAUUUAACUUCACCAACAUGCAGCGCUUUACUCCUCCUACAGACCUGAGUUUGUGUUAAAGACUAAAAGUAACAGCAGUGAGUGGUGAUUAUUAUAUCUCACUGAUUAACCGAAUAUUAACCUGCAGCUUUUUGAACAUUUAACAGUUUAUUACAAAAUAUUCUCAAGAUGAAACGCUCAUUUUUAGCUGCUUCUAGCUUCUAAAUGAAAUAGUGAAUUAAUAUAUUUGGGUUUUGGACGUUUGAUUGGUUACAAAAAAAGUAUUGAACACAAAAACUGUCGACUUUGUAAAGAUGUUUUUGAGAGAUAAGACAAAUAGAUGAGAAGUUAGAUUAAAAAAGUUCACAAGGUCACAAAGUGCUUUACAAAACUAAAAAUGGGGAGUUAGAAUGAAGAAAACAACAACAAACAAACAUUUAAUAUAUAUCCAAAGCAAGAUAGAGCAAAAUGUAAACAAAUGUGCAAGCAGGAAGUUCAAAAUGAGCACUUAUUGGACAUUCAACGGUUUAUUACAAAAUAUUCUCAUGAUGAAACGCUCAUUUUUAACUGCUUCUAGCUUCUAAAUAAAAUAGUAAAUAUAUAUAUUUGGGUUUUGGACGUUUGAUUGGUUACAAAAAUAAGUAUUGAACACAAAAACUGUCGACUUUGUAAAGAUGUUUUUGAGAUGAGAAGACAAAUAGAUGAGAAGGUAGAUUCAAAAAGUUCACAAGGUCACAAAGUGCUUUACAAAACUAAAAAUGGGGAGUUAGAAUGAAGAAAACAACAACAAACAAAAUGUAAACAAACAUUUAAUAUAUAUCCAAAGCAAGAUAGAGCAAAAUGUAAACAAAUGUGCAAGCAGGAAGUUCAAAAUGCGCACUUAUUGGACAUUUAACGAUUUAGUACAGCCUGUUCUCAUGAUGAAACACUCAUUUUUAACUGCUUGUAGCUUCUAAAUUUAAAAUUAAAUUAAUAUAUUUGGGUUUUGGACGUUUGAUUGGUUACAAAAAAAGUAUUGAACACAAAAACUGUCGACUUUGUAAAGAUGUUUUUGAGAUGAGAAGACAAAUAGAUGAGAAGUUAGAUUCAAAAAGUUCACAAGGUCACAAAGUGCUUUACAAAACUAAAAAUAGUGAGUUUGAAUGAAGAAAACAACAACAAACAAACAUUUAAUAUAUAUCCAAAGCAAGAUAGAGCAAAAUGUAAACAAAUGUGAAAGCAGGAAGUUCAAAAUGAGCACUUAUUGGACAUUUAACGAUUUAAUCCAAAAUAUUCUCAAGAUGAAACACUCAUUUUUAGCUGCUUCUAGCUUCAAAAUAAAUAAGUAAAUUGAAUAUAUUUGGGUUUUGGACGUUUGAUUGGUUACAAAAAAAUGCAUUGAACACAAAACUAAAAAUAGUGAGUUAGAAUGAAGAAAACAACAACAAACAAACAUUUAAUAUAUAUCCAAAGUAAGAUAAAGCAAAAUGUAAACAAAUGUGAAAGCAGGAAGUUCAAAAUGCGCACUUAUUGGACAUUUAAGGAUUUAAUACAGCCUGUUCUAAUGAUGAAACACUCAUUUUUUAGCUGCUUCUAGCUUCUAAAUUUAAAAUUAAAUUAAUAUAUUUGGGUUUUGGACGGUUGAUUGGUUACAAAAAAAAGUAUUGAACACAAAAACUGUCGACUUUGUAAAGAUGUUUUUGAGAUGAGAAGACAAAUAGAUGAGAAGUUAGAUUAAAAAAGUUCACAAGGUCACAAAGUGCUUUACAAAACUAAAAAUAGUGAGUUAGAAUGAAGAAAAACAACAACAAACAAAACGUAAACAAACAUUUAAUAUAUAUCCAAAGCAAGAUCGAGCAAAAUGUAAACAAAUGUGAAAGCAGGAAGUUCAAAAUGAGCACUUUUUGGACAUUUAACGAUUUAGUACAGCCUGUUCUCAUGAUGAAACACUCAUUUUUAACUGCUUCUAGCUUCUAGAUAAAAUAGUGAAUUAAUAUAUUUGGGUUUUGGACGUUUGAUUGGUUACAAAAAAAGUAUUGAACACAAAAACUGUCGACUUUGUAAAGAUGUUUUUGAGAUGAGAAGACAAAUAGAUGAGAAGUUAGAUUAAAAAAGUUCACAAGGUCACAAAGUGCUUUACAAAACUAAAAACGUUGAGUUAGAAUGAAGAAAAACAACAACAAACAAAAGAUAAAGAAACAUUUGAAGAAAGAUGGAGCAAAAUAUACAAGCAGCAAGCUCAAACUGAGCACUUAUUUACAAAAACACAAAUUAUAUCAGCUAAAACAUGAAAUAUGUUGUUUGUUCAGUAUCUAAAGUUAAAAAUGUCAGAGUCGUCAAACUAUCAUUUUGUGUUUCAUAUAAAUUUAAUUCAGAUUCCAGGGCGAUGAAAUGAGAGUUACCGCAGCAGAAGUUUGACUCUGUUGCUCAUGAGUUCAUCUGUUGUGUGUUGGAGGAAAGUUUUGUUCAUUGUUCUUCUUAAAGUCACACACGCUCCCCGCUCCCUCACCGCAGAUCACAAACAUGCAGCACUUUACCCCAACAGGAAGUCCUCUUUAUUUAUUGUCCGAUCUCUCAUGUGAGGUGAAACUUUGAAGAACUGGAAGGUGUGAUCAAACCGUGUUUAAAGGCAAUAUUGUCUGAAUAUGCCCCUCCCCCUACCCUCAGUGUUACAGAAGAGGAAUGAAUGUUGCUGCUCUGACUUUUCUUUUAACGGCGUCUGAAAAAACUGGAGACUUGUUGCAAAAUAUUUUCCCACAAGUUGUAGCAUCAUCUCCUCUUCCUCCUCUUCCUCCUCUUCCUCCUCCUCCUGCUCUCAAAGGUUUGCACUCAUUCUCUGCUAAGACUGUUUCUGACUUAACUUCAGUGGGAGUGUUUGUACUUACGUGUGCGUGUGUGUGUGUGUGUGUGUGAGUGUGUGUAUACUGUAUAAAGUCUGAGAGUGUAAAUGAAGAGGUGAUUCUGAGGGGCGACUCGUCUGUUCGGCUUUAAUCAGUAAUAAAGAAGCAUUUCCACUCAUG